AUGGUUACUCUUUUUCAUCAGUCUACUUGUCUGAAUGAUUGCCUCCUAGAAAAGCAGAUGCUUAUAUACUCUGAUACCCCAGGGUCAGCAGGGCUCAUUGGACACAAAUUGAUAAAUGAUGUUCCAACUAGGUGGAACAGUAGUCUGUCGAUGUUACAACGCCUCUCAGAGCAAUUGGCUGCUAUCCUGGCAAUUGCAAGAGACAACAAACUUAACAUUAACAAGACUACAUGUAAUAAUCUGAGAUCAUACUGUCUUACCUUUGAUGAACAAAACCUUGCUGAAGAGACUGUGUCAGAGUGGAGUAUUCCAGUCCCAACUGUGGUCACAGAUUAUGCUGCCAAUGAGAAGAAAGCUCUGGUACUGCUAGUGUGGACACGGUUUGGUUGUUAUGGUCAUCGUUUGAAUUCGGCUCCUUUGAAAAGCUCACAAAAUGACACUGUGUCAGAGUGGAGUAUUCCAGUCCCAACUGUGGUCACAGACAAUGCUGCCAAUGAGAAGAAAGCUCUGGAACUGCUAGGGUGGACACGGUUUGGAGAUGAGCUGGCCGGUGGGAAGCGCUCUAAAGAAAGAAUUACCAUAGCAUUAUGUGCUUCAAUGACUGGUGAGAAACUUAAACGUCUUGUGAUAGCUGUUAAUUGGAGACAUGAGGAGGUUCUGCUACUGAUCUCGUUGUAUUCUGAGCACCAACAGAUGUUCAACAACUCUCUUUUCAAGGCCUAUGAAGUUUGGAAAAAGAUUGCUGAAGGCAUGAGGGAAAAAGGAUAUUCAUUCACUGGCCUGCAGUGCGACAAGAAAUUUCGCUCUUUGAAGUACAGAAUAAAAGUCAAGGAAAACUUUACUUUUUGCAUACAACUUGCUGUUCUAGUUGGAAUUAUGUCUAAGAUUGAACAAUUUGAAACAAAGACGGAGGCGGGAGAGUUGGUGGAUCCGGAGCAGUUGGUGGAGGAGUUGCUGCUCAGUCAACUGUCUGAAUAUAGACAGAGACAGAUCUUGCUAGGGCAAGUAGCUCUGGCCAAAGAUCUGGACAACCAAAAAUGGUUGUCAGAUGUAGCAGGUUUCUGCUACAAAAUGGGGUUUGGGUACGCCUCUGAUGGUUGGAUAGAGAGGCACAUUGGUACAAUACCUCAAUGGGCGUAUAGCCACACAGGAAGGCCCAAACCCAAGGAUAUGGCAGCUGAGACCAUUCCUGCUAGUUCUUCUGAUGCCGUUGCUGAGAGUAGAAAAGAGCAACCAGUGCAGGCCCAGGAACGACGAAUCGUCCAGGAGGAGCAGCCUCAGAAGAAGCAGCCCCUUGUUACUUGCAAGGGUGCUGGAGGACUUGAAAACAGGACAUAUGCCCUUGUUACUUGCGAGGGUAUAAAGAGAGCGAAGGAGCCUGCAAGGAGUAAUAAUACCAGGCCAGUAGAAAGGACAGAAAAAGAAGUUGAAAAGGCUGCCGAGAGACAACCCCGAAGGCUAAUUGUUACUUGCAAGAAGCCGGCCUUGUUCUAUUCCCUGGUGCAAAGGCAAUUUUUUUAUAAAAAGGGGCACAUUUUCGGAUAUCAUUAUCCAACUGCCUUAGCAGCUGAGGAAGGAGGAGUGGAUACCAGAGUUUCAAUACGAAUAGAAGCGCUCUGGUAUUUAGCUAGAAGUUUGGUAGGCCCACAAACGAACAUCAUGGACCUUGUGGAUUUCUUGAAUAACUCUGGUUGUUUGAGUGACUUGGAGGAUUGUACGGCUGAUGAAUGGUCAGAUGAUGUUGCCAUGAGGAUUGUCAGAGUACUUGGUCUGGUAGCUCCUGUGAGGUUGACGUGCAUUCCUCUUAACAGUCCUGGUGGUAUAUUUUACUACCGGGUGUUAGCAAAGUUGUUGGCCUUCUUGGAGAAAGGGCUCAUCAUGAGUUUAUGGAGGUUCGGUCUUCCAGAACUGCGGCAUCUGUUACGAGAAAGAUGUCCGACGCCUCCUUCAUCAGCUCCAGAAACUCCGGUGUGGCAUUCUUUGCCACAUUUGACAGUAGAAAGAAAUGCUGAUGGAAGGCGGGAAGUAAUUGUAUCUGAAGAUCGUCCAACUGAUGAGUCGGCAAAAGAAUCUUGUAGUACUUCUACAGGAUUAGGUGUGGCUUCUCGCAGUACUUCUGUAGAGCAUUUGGAUGUCUGUGUCGGUACAGAAGAUUUAGAGGAUCGUACCGAACUCUGGUAUGCCAUCGCUGAUACACUCUAUAAGGAGUUAUCAGAUGAAGAGGAGGAGGGGAUUUCUCCAAAAAGGUCAUGGCAGAAGGAACAUGUAGACAUGGAGGUGGAGGAAGGUGGUGAGGAGGAAGAAAAAGAGGUGGAAGAUCCCCAAAUACCUAGGCCAGGCGCAGUCGAUUCCCAUUUUCAUUUGGAUCGUCUGUGUCGAAUGGCUAGAAUCAGGCCCAUGAGUUAUCAGAGGGCAUUGACAGAGAUUAAACCCUUUAAAGAAGCGGAUGCUGUUGAGGUCGAGGGGGCUGUUGCGGUAUUUUGUGAUCCUGACAGUUACCCAUCAAAAACCGAGGUGGAUAACCUUAAAAAAGAAGGUGUUGUGUCGGUGGUUGGCCUUCACCCUAGCAAAGUCACUAGUCAGGGGGCAGUGGAAAAACUGAAAAAGGUACUGAUGGAGUGUGAUGUUGUAGGGUUGGGAGAAAUUGGAUUAGAUGGUACAAAGGACCAUCUAAUUUCUCAACGUAGUAUUUUUCAUGAUGUACUGACCCUAAUCACCAAACAUCCGGAUUUUGUGCUUAUACUUCAUUUCAGACUGGAGCCCCAUCAGUCAAGUACAAGGGCUUUAUACAAUAUGUUUUAUCGAUGUAAGGCCGUUGUACCAAGAAGGCAGAAGAUUCAUCUUCAUUGUUUCAGUGGCACCAUGGACGAUGUUGAUUUAUGGUUGGGGUACUUCCCCAAUACAUAUUUUGGGUACAGCUACAUGGUGUCAAAGGAAGAUUUUGGAGAAGGUGCCAGAAUUGCUUUACAAAGGAUUGAGGAGAAGAAACUCUUGCUAGAGUCAGAUGCUCCGUACUUUCCUCACGGGCAUCAAUACAGAUGGUCAUCUCCUUCAUUUAUAGGAAUGACAGCCACUGCUGUAGCUAGGGUGAGGGGUUGUUCUAAGGAACAAAUACUUAGAACAACUGUUGAAAAUGCCAGACGUUUGUACUGGUAUUAGAGCUAACAUAUACUUUAUGUUAUGCUCAAUUUGAUUGUAAUUCCAGGGUUUAGAAAAUAGCACAUAUUUUGUGUCAUAUUUUUAUCUUAUAUUGGAUCAAUACACAUACUUUGUGUGGUUUGUGAAUAAUUCAUUUUAUCUGAGGUUAAUUUUAUCUGAGCAGUUCACAUACUUUGUGUGGUUUUAUGUAAAAUGUGGUUAUAUUGUUUUAACGCACAUUCUUUGUGUAAAUACUAUAUAUUAUAUGAUUGUUAUAUGAUUAACAUCAUAUGAGGAUUUUAAGAAAAACUGAGGAUGUGGAAGUGGGAGCACUUACUUGCUGACUCCAUUUUAAGAUGUUUUAGGUGUGUAUAAUUUUAAAUUUUUGUUAAUAUUGUUUUAAUAGUUUUAUACGUAGGACAAAUAGAAAAUCACAUCAUUUCGUUAUCUCUGGGUGGAUGCUUUAUGAUUUAGGGGGACUGAGGUUUAUUUUUUGGGGGUGUGGUUACCGCCUAAAAAGAUAAAGUUGGGGGAAUGUUGCAGUCAUGGAUUGACUGCACUUUCCGUUAUUUAGGUGUCCUUUCACUUAAAAUCUCUUCCCGCGCUCUCAAAAUUCCGGAGAUUUCUGUUCCAUGCCGGGUAAGUGAACUGACAAGACGUGUUUUUCAUUGCUGCAGAAUUGAACUUUACAUUUUACUUAAAUUUGUUAAACUACUGUUAAAUAAAGGUGGUAAGAUGGUCUAGGUGUUUGAACCAAUAAUAAAUAAAGACCAGAUAGCACAGAAACCAGUUAUGACAAAAAAAAGAGCUUUUGAAACCGUUUCAAUUUAUGUUAAGAAAUCAAGAGCUGCUUAUGAAGGAGAUCACUUAUAGAAAAUAUAUAAUAUUUAAGUAGCAGUUCAUCAGUAAAUUUAACUUUAAACCAUAAGAAUCAAAAUCAUCACACAAAGUUUAUAUACUUGAAUGGAUGCUGUAAGGUCAAAAUUUAAUUUCAUCAUGUACUGAUAACUGUUGAGAAUCUUUACAAGUAUGAACUGUUUGUAUCUUUAUAGUGUCAACAUGUAUAAGUUGGACAUCUAGAAAAGUUUUUGGUUGAAAAUGAGAGCAAAUGAUAUAUUUUCUCCUUUUAUAUAUAAUUAAAAUUAUGUGCUUGUUUUAAGUUGUUUUAUCUUUUAUUGUUUACACUCAACUUUUAUAACUCUUAAAUGCAACACAUACGAUAAAAGGUUAUAGACUGUACUGUCAGAGGAAAAAAAUGAUGUGACUUGGUCAGAGUGAAAAUGGCAAAAAAUUAUGACAAAUACAUUUAAAAAAUAUUGGUGAAGUGUCUGGAGAAAUUGUUUCUAGUGCAUCUUAAAAUGCUGAAAUUCAAUUUUUCCCAAACCCCCGGCUUUUUCAGGAUUUUAAAUUUAGACUUGUUGACACCCCUGUCACUGACAAAGCCAAUGAAGUUAAAAUUUACAAAGGGGUUUUAGUGUUGUGGAUAAUGAGGAAUGGUGUAGAACAGACAACAUGACAUCACAAAUGCUCAUCUGUGAACACUUUGUGCUCAGAUGAGUAAAAACAACUUGUCAGAGUUUAUGACACCAAUCAUAAUUUAAAAAAAAUAUGAAUUAAGUUUCAAAUAAAUACCAUCAGUAGUUUGUUUUUGAAAGAUUAAUGAUGCAUGCAAAACUAAUUAACUUUUACCAAAAUUUUUCUCAAUUCACAAAAGUCAAUUACCAAUUCAAUAUCCAUGUCAGAGUUAUGG